CUGAAUAAUGGACAACAGGAAUGUGUUAAAUAAUGCCCCCAAUGACAUCACCCCAGAUUUACGGCUGCUAAUCGUCGGUCAAAAGCGAACAGGAAGGAGUUCUGUGGCCAACACAAUAUUGGGAAAGGAGGUAUUUAAUACAUGGGGUGGAGCGGAGAGUGCUGUAGCACAUGGAGAAUCUGAAGGCAGACACCUGAUGGUUGUAGACGCCUGUGGAUGGGGCUCUGAUGAGAACCUGGUCCCCAAACAGGAGAAACUGGAACUAUUUAAUGCACUCUCGCUAUGUGAGCCAGGACCCCACGUCCUCCUUCUAGUCAUUCCCCUUCUGCACUUCAGCCACUCCGAAAGAGCUGCUCUUAAGAAACGUAUGGAGAUCCUCACAGAGGGUGUGUGGCGUCAUACUAUGAUUGUAUUUACAUUGGGUGACCGUCUGCGCGACAGCAUACAGGACUAUAUUCAGUCAUCUGGGACCGACCUCCAGUGGCUGAUGGAGAAGUGCAGGUACAGGUAUCAUGUUCUUAACAACAAAACAUCGCAAGACAGAAAGCAGGUGUGCAGUCUGCUGGAUCGGGCAGAGGACAUGCUAAUGGAGAAUGGUGGAUGGCACUUCUCCUUACAUAUGUACUGCAGGAUGGAGGAGGAGUGGAAUCGAAGAGAAAGGGAAAUGAGAGAGAGAAUUCUAGAGAGGCAAACUGGUCGAGGACUCGCUGUCGUUCCUAAUCACAGUCGACAAGGCGGACUGCAUGUGAACGAUACACUACUGAAAUUAGUUUCCCAUGGAUAACCCCUGGAUACAGGACAUUACUUUUUCAGCAUGACCUCAUAGCGAACUGUAAAUAUGUCAAAGUCAGAAAUGGUUGUAAAGUUUAAUUAAUGUUUGAAGACUGAAUUAGGGGAGAUGUACGGCUUCAGUCCUGGAACUGCUCACUUCUUCGUUUAAGUCUUACGUUUCCAUUUCACAAACAUCAUACAAACCGGGACAGAAAAAAAACCAUAAGUUGAAUCUGUGUACUGUAUAUAACCACUAGGAAUAAUUGAAAAAUAUUAUUGUAAAUAUUAUUUACAGGGCCUUACAAAAGAUUUCUUUUAAAAUUGUAUUUAUUUAUUUUUUCACAUUUCUAUUUUUUUUCUUUGCUCCAUUUUGACGGUUUAAAUACAUUUUAGCAAUCAAAAAAACAUGAUUGGUUAAUUUAAAUCAUGAACCUUAUUGAGUCUAACAAGUUUAAGCACGUAAUAAAAUUGUAUUUUUAGGAUCUGUCACAGUUUCUGUAAAAAAACCUUACUUAUUUUGAUGGGUUGCAGUAAAAGUGCUUGAAUUUCUCCAUGUACAUAAUUUCUUCAAAUUAAAACAGCAAAAUACUUUAAAA